GCGCCUAGAGGCACGCCGAAGCCAGACAGGCAGACACUAACCGUGGAGUAGUCUGAUCGAUCUAUAGAAAUACUAAGUAGUAGAACACAGUACUGUAGCCAAAAACUAGGCCAAGAGAGAGAUUGGGCGUUCUGAGCGUAGCCAAAGACAUGGCAACUGAUGCCCACAUAACACACUUCGCCCAUCCACAACACCGCCUUCUCAAGACCCCGUACAGCAGCGCCUCGCGCCAUGUCUGCGACAUCUGCGAAGCCAAGCUCUCCGGCCUCGUCGGCUACCGCUGCAACGCCUGCGACUUCGACAUCCAUGAGGCGUGCGCCGACUACUUCAAGGAGACCAUCUCCUUCUUCGCCCACCCGUGGCACACCCUCACGCUCUGCCGCAUGCCUCCUGAGAAUAAAGGAUGGGUAUGUGACCUCUGCAUGGAGCAUUGUCCCCCAGGAAAUUUCGUGUACCGCUGCAUCCAGUGCAAGUUCGACGUGCACCCCCUGUGCACGUUGCUCCCUCAGACGAUCCGCAGCCCGCUUCACCCACACCACGACCUCAACAUGGUACCUUCUUCAGGGCACUGCAAUGCUUGCCCUGAACGUUUGCCCGUGUGGCACUACAUCUGUGGCCCUUGUACGUCUCCGUCUUAUCGGCUACAUAUCGGGUGCGUCUCUGGCGCGCCAAGCGGUGUCGGUCAGGGUAGCGGCAGCACCACCAACCAGAACAACAGUAGCAGCCGUGGCCAGGGCACCGGCAACACCAGCAGCGGUGCCAACCAAACUACCAGUGAUGCUCGGAACACUACUGCUGUUGUUGAGCGGAGCCGCAGCACUAGCGUCAGCAAGUUUCUCCUCAAGAAAAGCUUCAUGAUAGCGAUUGACCUAGCAACCGGCGGGCUGGCAUCGCCGGUGCUCGACGUCCUUCAAGCGGUCCUCGAUUAAUUGCCACGUCGAUGAUCACCAGGCCUGUUUGGGUCAUAUAUGUAUGUGUGUGCGAUCACCUGUCGUUUCAAUUCCGUUUUGAACUUUCUUUUCCUCCAAUAAUGUGUAGUAACCCGUUGUUCGAUCCACCGGGGUUAUAGGCUAAGUCAAGUCAACCGUAUAUGCUCAUCGAAUCGAUCGGCAAGUCUGUUAGUAUAUCUUCUUCGUGAAUUGGGAUCGCAUGCAGUUUGUAUAUGGACUGCAAGUUAAGCUACUGCAAGCAAAAGGAGCCAUCUAUUUUGUUGAUGAACGGACUAGAUCCUUAGCUACAGUGAAUGUAAAAGCAGUACUAAACAAUGUUGCUACAGUUAUCUACA